UAAAAAACACAUUAAAUUAUUUCAGAUACUGCCAACAAUAUGCUUGGUGAAAUGGAACGUUCAGUUCAUCGUACUAAUAAAAUUUUAGAACCAUUUUUGUACAAAAUAACUACAUUAAUAAGAAAUCCAUCAUCAAAUUAUCGCAUUCCAUCAUUUAGUCUUUUUUUACAUUAUUUGAAUUGUCGAAAAACUGUAUUAUCAACUAACACAAUAUUAUUACCUGCUAUAUUGACUGCAUUAAUAUCUGAUGAUAAUGAAGUGUCCAGUACAAUUCGCAACAAAAUCGAUUCAUUAUCUAUGUGUAAAGAAAUGGCAUUGCCUUUGUUAUUGGAAAGUUUUAAAUUGGGCGUAAAUAAAAGUUUGAACACUACUUCAAUGAUCACAAAAACAAUAUCGUCAAUGAAUUUGCAGUCUGGAUGCUAAGAUACAUUUAACAUAAUCAAUAUAGUUUUUAAUAUGUACAAUAUUUUAUACGAAAACUGUUAUUUACAAAAAUAAACUAAGGAUCAUCAUAAUUUA